AUGGACGAUCCUGCAUUGCAGGCGAACAUCCUCGAGCGCAGCAAUGUCGGAAUGGGCAUGUUGGUGCUCAACCGCGCAGAAGGCCUCGAUCUUCCGAGCGUGAACGAGCUGUACAAGCGCCUGAGAAAUCUGGAGGUUAACAGCCUCAAGCGCUUUGUUGGACUUACAGCUGCUCAGGAGUUCCGCAGCAAAGCAGAUGCUGCCAGAGACGAGAGCUUCCAGAGUUCGCUGGAGAAAGAGGAGAAGCAAAGCCCCUUUGCCACUGGCCGGUUUUGUAUCGGUCUGGAUCCCAAGGAGCUGCUUCUGGCUGCUGUUUAUGCGCAGAAGCACGGCGACCUGGCUCCCUUUUCAAAGGCCCUGCUGUGGAACAGCCAGGAGCUGGCAUACCUGGCAGCUGACUAUCGAAAGCCUCUAGUGUGCCACCUCAGCGGAGCAGCAUGGGAUGGUGGUGCAGCAUUGGCUGGACUGUCAAGCUUUUCUGGUGCACACCACACAUCCGAAAUCUCUGUCCGUUCUUGCUUCCAGGGCCUCGUGCCAAUGGGAGGCAUGACUGCGCUGCUUGCAUCUUUGAAAUGGCACCUGGGAGAGUUCCUUGCCCUGACUGGUUGGACCCUCCGUGGGUCUGACUUGGUCGCCCUGGGACUGAUAAGGCACUGGAUGUCGCCAGAUGCCCUGCCCUUCCUGGAGCUGACGGCCGAGAAGCAGCUGGAGGUCUCUGAGAGUGACGCUGCCCUGCUCCUUACCGAGCACUCGUUGCCUCUGCCCGAGGACACUAGCCUUCUCUCCGACGACCCAUAUGCGCCGGGAUUCAAGCGAAGUUACAUUCCGCUGAUCGCAGAGAUCUUCAGCAAGGAAAGUCUGCCCAAAAUCGUGGAGGCGCUCGAUCAUAGGAUCAACAAUCCUGAAACCUCACACAUGGACGGCGAGUUCUUGGAGGUUUGCAAGGACAGACUCAGCCAAGUGGACAAGCGAGCCGCCUGGAUGACGCAAACCCUCAUCCGAAGAGUCCGCGUGUCCGCCAGCGAGCAGCCUGCUACAUCAGGAAGGCUCAAUUCCUCUGUCCUUCUCGAAGCGCUGAGGGCCGAGCUCUGGGCCGAGACACAGCUCUUGACUCGGCAGGAGACCAUCUGGGGCCUUCAUGCGGCAUGCACAGGGACAACCUACAGGUUUGGUGACGAGGAGGUCCUGGUCGGGGAGGUCGACGAGGCGUCGACGCCGCCGAAGGACUUCGUGUUCAGCAUCCCUGAGAGACCCGAGAUGCCUCUUUCUCAACAUCCGCGCUUGAGGCGGUAUCAUCCUGACUACGACUCUGCAACAGGUCUGGACCAUGAUCCGCUUUGGAUGCAGCAGGAAGUGCGACGCUGGGAUCCGCAGGUCUUCGACCUCGAGCGUCGCCACGCUGUAGAGGCCAGAGGAUGA